ACUAGGCCUCAGACUAAGGAGUCAACUCCAAUGUUAAGUGUUUCUAUGAAAGAGUUUUCCCAAAUGACAUCCUUAUGCUAUAGCCCUUGCACCUCUGAGAUGGGAAAAGCCUGGGAGUAUUAUGGCAAGUUCAAAAAAGAGCAAAACAAUGAGGGGAAACAUUCGAGCCAAGGAAAAGAAAUCCAAACAGAAGUUGAAGUCAGAGCCUCUGAAUCCUGUAAAUACAGCCAAACCUCCAGCCCAAAGCCAGUCUUCAUUCCACAACAGGGACUCUCUGUAGUAAUGGAUCUCCAUAACAGUGAGAAUCAGAGAAGGAGCUUCACCAUGGAGUUGUUCCAAAGACAGUGCACUAAAAUCUAUUCACAAAAGAACUAUUCUGAGGGGAAGAAAUGUCAGAAAGCUUUCCAUUCUGGUUUGGACUCCAUUAAAACAUCUGAAAUUCAUGCUGAAGAGCAAUUUCAUGAAAAUGGGAAUUCUUUCCUCCUGAAUAACGAACUUACUGUACAGCAGGGAACUCAUAUAGGCAAAAGUUGCUCUGAAAUGAUUCUGUGUGAGAAGCCAUCCUGUCAGAAGGCAGAUCUGACUCAACAUUCCAGUAUUCAGAGUCAAAACAAAUCCUAUAAAUGCAGUGAAUGUGGAAAGGUCUUCCAGAAAAAAUCAAGGCUUAUAGAGCACUACAGAAUUCACACUGGAGAGAAACCUUUCAAAUGCAGUGACUGUGGAAGGGCCUUCCGGCAGAAAAUAAAUCUUACAGCACACUACAGAAUUCACACUGGAGAGAAACCUUUCAAAUGCAGUGACUGUGGAAAGGCCUUCCGGCAUAAAGUAAAUUUUACACAGCAUUACAGAACUCACACUGGAGAGCAACCUUUCAAAUGCAGUGAAUGUGGAAAGGUCUUCAAACGGAAAGUAAAUCUUACACAGCAUUACAGAAUUCACACUGGAGAGCAACCUUUCAAAUGCAGUGAAUGUGGAAAGGUCUUCCAGAAAAAAUCAAGGCUUAUAGAGCACUACAGAAUUCACACUGGAGAGAAACCUUUCAAAUGCAGUGACUGUGGAAGGGCCUUCCGGCAGAAAAUAAAUCUUACAGCACACUACAGAAUUCACACUGGAGAGCAACCUUUCAAAUGCAGUGAAUGUGGAAAGGUCUUCCAGAAAAAAUCAAGGCUUAUAGAGCACUACAGAAUUCACACUGGAGAGAAACCUUUCAAAUGCAGUGACUGUGGAAGGGCCUUCCGGCAGAAAAUAAAUCUUACAGCACACUACAGAAUUCACACUGGAGAGAAACCUUUCAAAUGCAGUGACUGUGGAAAGGCCUUCCGGCAUAAAGUAAAUUUUACACAGCAUUACAGAACUCACACUGGAGAGCAACCUUUCAAAUGCAGUGAAUGUGGAAAGGUCUUCAAACGGAAAGUAAAUCUUACACAGCAUUACAGAAUUCACACUGGAGAGCAACCUUUCAAAUGCAGUGAAUGUGGAAAGGUCUUCACACGGAAAGUAAAUCUUACACAGCAUUACAGAAUUCACACUGGAGAGAAACCUUUCAAAUGCAGCAACUGUGGAAAGGCCUUCCGACACAAAGUAAUUCUUACACACCACUACAGAAUUCACACUGGAGAGGACCCUUUUAAAUGCAGCGAUUGUGGGAAAGCCUUUUCUUGGCGUUCAACGCUAAAUCGACAUCAGAGAACUCACACUGGAGAGAGACCCUAUGGGUGUAGUGAAUGUGGGAAGACAUUCCAAUCAAACUCCCGCCUGACUCAGCACCAGAGAACUCACAUGGGAUUAAACCGUCAUUAGUGCAGUGUGUACGAGGAGAUGUUCUCUGAGAAGUCUAAUCUCACCAAUGAAAGCAGUAUACAUAUGGAGAGAAGCCAUAUGAAUGCUCUAAAUGUGGGAAAAUCUUUUGCCAGAAGUCAGAUUUUACAUAAUACUUCAGCAUUCACACUGGGAAAGGUUGGAGCAUUCCAGCCUUUCAAAUGCAGUGAUGGUGGGAAAGCCUUUUUCUGCUGCAUAAUGACACCAGAGAAUUCACACUGAAGAGAAACCCCCCCGAAUGCACCAAAGGUUGGAAAGCCUACAACCCAAAUUCAGGUCUUUUCUGACAUCAGAGAAUAGAUGCCAGAGAGAAAUCAUAGAAAUAUAAUUAAUGGGGGAAAGCAGUCCCUCUGAUCAAAGUACAUACUCAGUACUAUAGAAUUCAUGAUGGAGAAAAACCUCAUUACUUUAGUCACUGAUGGAAAAUACUCUACUGGGCUGAUCCAGAUUAAAAUAUAAUUUGAAAAUAUUUAAGAAAAUAAAUUCACAAAAAACAUAAAAGAUGUUAGUCUCAUGGUUGUCUAAUUCAAUAUAGAGGAUGGCACCAUGGUUCUUAGAAAGUUGAUAUUUUGCUUCUUCAUUUUCCUUGCUGAGAUCAUCUUGUUUUAGUUCAUCUUUGUCCAGAAGGAAGGGGCUCUUGUUUGUUGGGCUUCCAUAUAAUUAUGGGCUCCCAUAAAGUCAUGGACUUAGAUGUUGAAGGAAGUCCUUGGAGUCUAACCCUCUCAUUCUGCAGAUGAGAAAACCAGGUCAGAUCAGGUAAAUGACCUUCUCAGGCUCACACGAGAACCGCUUUUAAAGUCCAGUUAAGUUUUGUGCAGAGCAUUAGAAGUCAAGUA